GACCCAAGAUGGCGCCAGACGCUUCGGCUGUGAGGGAAGUGAGCUCACGCUACUCCGGAAGGGAAGGCGGGAAGGGAGCGGGGGCUGGCUGGCUGGCUGUGGGGCUGUGGGGCUGUGGGGCUGUGGGGCCGUGGGUGGGGCGGCGGCCGCGGCCCUGGCAUUCACGCUUGGGUCUGGAGAGAGCGCGAGAGACUCACCGGCUCCCGGGAACCCAGUCGAGGGCCCGGGCCAGGGGCAUAAGAGGAAGUUGCCCCGAGUGGCUCGCCUCUGGCCCUGGGAGAGGCGGCCCCGGGAGCCGGCGUCCCGCCCCCGGCGGCCUCCUUCCCCGACCCUCCACCCGGGCUGCGCGCGCCGGCCCAGGCUGUAUCUCGGGAGCUGCGGCGGGAACUGCCCAGAGGGCUUGACUGGACCCACUGCCUGAAGACCGGCGGAGGAGAAGAGGGAGCGCGGCGGGUCAGCCCCGAGGUUAGGCCGCGGGUCCCCUGUGCCUGGCGCUCAGUCCUUUUCCCAGCCGUCUUGGCUACAGAAUCUGCGACCUCCCCACACUCCUUCUCUUUUGAGUAUGUCACUUAAGUCUUCUCGCCGGAUGCUUUUUCCUCCUUGCUUUCGCCGGAAAGGAGAGAGAUACAUGUGAAGGAUAUCUGUCCUCGUUGCUUGCCCUGCCCUUUUAAAAGUUUAACUUCUGUGGGAAUGUGUAUCUUCCUUUUCUGGACCAUUUGACAGUCCCGCCCCAGCCGCCGUGUGAUUUAGCAACCGGGAUCGUAUUCAGAUCAAAUCUUGAAAAAAAAGUCACCUACAGAACUACAGAAUUGUUCUCUCCCGCUCAAGAAGGGCAAGUGGACUUUGGCGUUAAGAUGCAGGGGGGUGAACCAGUGUCCACAAUGAAAGUCUCGGAGAGCGAAGGAAAGCUGGAGGGCCUGGCCACAGCGGUGACCCCGAACAAGAACAGCAGCUGUGGAGGUGGAAUCAGUAGCAGCAGCAGCAGCAGCAACAGCAGCCGCGGUGGCAGUGCAAAAGGCUGGCAGUACAGUGAUCACAUGGAAAAUGUGUAUGGCUAUUUAAUGAAGUAUACCAACCUUGUCACUGGGUGGCAAUACAGGUUUUUUGUUUUAAACAAUGAAGCUGGGCUGUUGGAGUACUUUGUGAAUGAACAGUCUAGAAAUCAGAAACCUAGAGGAACUUUGCAGCUUGCAGGAGCUGUAAUAUCACCCAGUGAUGAGGAUUCUCACACCUUCACUGUAAACGCUGCCAGUGGGGAGCAAUAUAAACUCAGAGCUACAGAUGCAAAAGAGCGACAGCACUGGGUUAGCAGACUUCAGAUAUGUACGCAACAUCAUACUGAAGCUAUUGGAAAGAAUAAUCCUCCUCUGAAGUCACGGAGCUUCUCACUUGCAUCUAGUGGUAAUUCUCCUAUAUCGCAGAGGAGACCAAGUCAAAAUGCCAUUUCUUUUUUUAAUGUUGGACAUUCCAAACUGCAAUCAGUGAGCAAAAGAACUAAUUUACCUCCAGACCAUCUUGUGGAAGUCAGAGAAAUGAUGUCUCAUGCUGAAGGACAACAAAGAGACUUAAUUAGACGAAUUGAAUGCCUUCCUACUUCUGGCCAUCUUAGUUCCUUGGACCAGGAUCUCUUAAUGCUCAAAGCUACUUCCAUGGCAACUAUGAACUGCUUAAAUGACUGCUUUCAUAUUCUCCAGUUACAGCAUGCAUCACAUCAGAAGGGCUCAUUGCCUUCAGGAACGACAAUCGAGUGGUUAGAACCAAAGAUAUCUUUAUCAAACCACUAUAAAAAUGGAGCUGACCAGCCCUUUGCAACUGAGCAAAGUAAGCCGGUGGCAGUCCCAGAAGAGCAGCCUGUUGCAGAAUCUGGACUAUUAGCAAGGGAGCCUGAAGAAAUAAAUGCAGAUGAUGAGAUAGAAGAUACAUGUGACAGCAAAGAGGAUGACCUGGGAGCUGUAGAAGAACAACGUAGUGUCAUCCUACAUCUCUUGUCACAGCUUAAGCUGGGCAUGGACUUAACGAGAGUGGUGCUUCCUACAUUUAUCCUAGAGAAGCGUUCCUUGCUGGAAAUGUAUGCAGACUUUAUGUCUCAUCCAGACCUAUUUAUAGCCAUCACGAAUGGAGCCACAGCUGAGGACAGAAUGAUUCGCUUUGUUGAGUACUACCUUACCUCAUUUCAUGAAGGCCGUAAGGGAGCCAUUGCUAAAAAACCAUACAAUCCUAUCAUUGGAGAAACAUUUCACUGUUCCUGGAAGAUGCCAAAAAGCGAGGUAGCAUCCAGUGUUUUUAGCAGUUCUUCCACCCAGGGAGUCACAAAUCAUGCUCCUUUAUCAGAGGAGUCUUUGAACCAGGUGGGAUCAGACUGUUACACAGUCAGAUUUGUUGCUGAGCAGGUUUCUCAUCAUCCUCCAGUCUCAGGAUUUUAUGCAGAAUGUACAGAGAGGAAGAUGUGUGUAAAUGCGCAUGUCUGGACUAAGAGCAAGUUCUUAGGCAUGUCAAUAGGCGUGACAAUGGUUGGAGAAGGUAUCCUUAGUCUGUUGGAGCAUGGAGAAGAGUACACAUUUUCUCUACCUUGUGCAUAUGCUCGGUCAAUUUUGACUGUUCCUUGGGUAGAACUGGGUGGCAAAGUCAGUGUCAACUGUGCAAAAACUGGAUAUUCAGCCAGCAUCACUUUUCAUACCAAGCCAUUUUAUGGUGGCAAACUGCAUCGGGUUACAGCUGAAGUAAAGCACAACAUCACCAACACUGUGGUAUGCAGAGUGCAAGGGGAAUGGAAUAGUGUUCUUGAGUUCACAUAUAGCAAUGGAGAGACAAAGUAUGUGGACUUGACUAAAUUGGCAGUGACGAAGAAAAGAGUGAGACCUCUGGAGAAGCAGGAUCCAUUUGAAUCCAGGCGAUUGUGGAAAAAUGUGACAGACUCUCUGAGAGAAUCUGAAAUUGAUAAGGCCACAGAGCAUAAGCGUACCCUGGAAGAACGUCAGAGGACUGAAGAAAGGCAUCGUACUGAAACAGGCACACCUUGGAAAACCAAAUAUUUUAUUAAAGAGGGAGAUGGCUGGGUUUAUCAUAAACCACUUUGGAAAAUAAUUCCAACAACACAACCAGCAGAGUGACACAUACUAUCUAAAACUCGACCAAAUGAGGUUCUUCUCUGUUUACCCUAAAUCCUCCCAGAAUGGAGUCAUUGCACUGAGUGACCUGCUUCCUGAUUACUCAGACUGAAACUAGCUAAACCUGAAUGUACCUACUAGGGCACCAUAAUACUGCAGCAAGACCAAAGUGGUAAAGAAAUACAGUGGACUUCUUACCAACCUGUUCAUGUGAUGUGAGCAAUACCAUCUUAAAACUUGUUACCUGAAUCAGUAGAUGAAUCUUUUAUCCAGUUCUUGCUCCUAAAAUUAAGUUUGAAUCCCCUAUUUUUGCACAGGGGCAGCAGAUACACACAACAAUGAGAACUCAGUGACUUUGAUUUCUUUGUAGUGAAAAGUGAAGUCUCUGUUUCAGAGUUUGUGUCUUUCCUUCUGUCCAUAACUGAAGUAUUCACUACUCUUCUAAACCAACCAAGAGGAGGAGAAAGAUGACCCAGAAGUGGAUUCAGCCAUUGUGCCUGAAAUCAGUGUUAAAAAAAAAAAAAAAUCAACCAGGUUGUGGUAACAAGGCAUUCUAUUUCUUCAAAAAGACUGUAUGCCUGUGUCUGAGGAACUUACCCAUUAUCCACCUCUGUUGGAACUCUCUUUUAAAAAGUACAUUUGUAGAUUGAUCAAAAUUAUAACCAUGGAGAAUUUUUUCUUCUGAGCAUUUUAAUAUACUUGAAAACAACAUUGACUUGAAAAAUUUCAGAGCAUUUUUCAGUACCUAGUUUUAUUAAAUAUUACACUUGAGAGACAAUUUUUAAAAAUGUGUUAAUGUCAAUAUGAUGAGAUUUUAGCCUUUCUCCAGAACUAAGGCAUUAAAGAAUAGCAAAUAUUAAAAAAUAAAACUGUUACUUUUUUCCUUCUUUUUUUUCACCUCUAGGUUAAUAUCCAGUAUUAUGUGUUAUCCCUUUGGAUAAGUAUGCUUUAUUUUACCUCUGUUAAAAAUUAAAAUGAAUGAUUCUAUUCAUAUUUGUCAGUAAUUCAGAACUUAUAUGUGUAAUUGAACAUGCAUGUAAGGUAUGGUUUUAUUUUAUUUUUUUCGAGGAAAUUUAAAUGCUAAAGAAACAAUGAAAUGAAAAGGUAUCAGGAGAAAAGAUCAGGAAGUUGUAUUCAGGUACAAAUCUUUUUUUAAAUAAGUAUUUUGUUGAGGUUGAAGAAUUGCUGGCAAUGAAAAGAAUAGAGCUAAUUAUGGCUUUCAUCAUUCAUUCAUGUAUUUAUUGAGCACCUACUUAUUAUGGUGCUCAACACUUGUUACUGCAAGCUACCUUAAUUUCCCAAGAGUGGUGCCUUACUCUGUUUUUUCUGAUAUGGUCUUCCAAUCAGUGUGUGUAACAUACCUGUUGUUUAUCAGCCAUUGUAGGUGGCUGUGUCUGUUGCAUCAUCAUAAGAAGUUUAAGCUUUGUGCUCUGAUAAAUCGUGUUCUGUUAAAGAGGUUAGUAGGAUGAAAACAGCAAAACAAUAAUUUUUUCAACAAAUUGUAAAUUAUAAGAAAAAGAGUUGGUUUGUGUACAACAGUUUUAAUGAUUCCCUUGUUCAUUUUUGCUGUGAAAUGCACUGAAAAAAAUCCUCAAAAUGAGUUAUAGUUCCUGUGUUGGGAAAAUUGACAAAUAAUAAAACUAGAGAACAAACAA